AUGGGUCCCCAAAGUAAAUCGGAAUGUUUAAUUCAGAAACUGGCCAAAUUAUUUUAUCAAGGUUGCCACCAAUUUCAUCUAGAAGAUUCUGAAGUGGAGGCCUUGUCCUGGUCCGAACAAGAAAAGCUCUUAAAUCUAACAAUUAAUAGCACUUUGAUAAAGAAAUUCCCCGUAAGCUAUGAUUUCUGUAGACUAUAUUUAAAGAACCUACUGAAAUAUUUCGAAUCCUUGCAAGAGGUUCAUGAAAGCAUAUAUGAAUAUUUAUGUUUCAUUAUGAAUAAUAAGCAAAAAGACAGUACAUGCUAUAAACACUAUGUAAUUGAUGAGGAUUUAACAAACAUUAUUACUAUUAAGGAAUCAAGAAACAUGGUUAUCAAUGGAACAACAGGCAUGAAGACGUGGGAGGCUGCCCUCUUUUUAACUGAUUGGAUUUUAAGUAAUAAACUUUUAUUUAAGAAUAAAAUUAUAUUAGAACUAGGAUCUGGGGUUGGUUUCACUGGAAUUACUAUUAAUAAACACUGUGAUAUUUCCUCAAUAGACUUCACAGAUUGUCACGUAGAUGUUAUAAAUACUAUUCAAGAGAAUAUAGAAAUCAAUUUUCCUGAUUCACAAAGAUAUGAAAAAGAUGAUGUGAUUGUAUAUGAAGUGGACAAUAAAAUGAUGCGAGUAUCUAUGCUAGACUGGAAUAAGGAAGUUAACAUUGGUAUAGAUCCAGAUAUUAUAAUAGGAGCAGAUAUUAUUUAUGAUCCGUGUAUAUUGGAUCCAUUGUGUAAAGUACUAAAUAGUUUUUUCAUGAAAAAUAAAAAUGUAUGUGCCUACAUAGCUUGUGUUAUAAGAAAUGAAGAAACAUUCAAUCAGUUUUUUGACUGUUACAGGUAA